CAGGGGCGGUGGGGGCGGGCGUGCCGCGAGCCGCGGUGCGGGACGGGGCGGCCGCGGCAGGAUGGCGGUGGCGGGCAGAGGGGCUGCGGCCGUGAAGCCCAUCUUCAGCCGGGACCUGGGCGAGGCCAAGCGGCGCGUGAGGGAGCUGUACCGCGCCUGGUACCGCGAGGUGCCCAACGCGGUGCACCUGUACCAGCUGGACAUCACGGUGAAGCAGGGCCGCAACAAGGUGCGGGAGAUGUUCAUGAAGAACGCCCAUGUGACGGACCCGCGGGUGAUCGACAUGCUGGUUAUUAAGGGGAAAAUGGAUCUCCAAGAAACCAUAAAUGUAUGGAAGCAGAGGACACACGUCAUGAGGUAUUUUCAUGAGACGGAAACCCCACGACCUAAAGACUUUCUGUCCAAAUUCUAUGAAGGCCACGAUCCAUGAAACAGAUUCUGUGUCUUCCUGUCUUGUAUUACAAAUAAAGUUCUACAUGAUACAAAAAAAUCUGUACAGACAGAUUGUAUACCAGCCUACGAGACUGUUCAAUAAAUCUGAAUCUGGUAUUUAUGCAAGCUGCUGUAACAUCCAUGGAAAGUUGACUCCUAGCUUGUAGGAGUGUGUAUUUUCAGUGAGUGGAGCUUGUCCUGGAGUAUCUGAAUAACCACAGCAGCCCAGUUGUGGAGCUCAGCCUGCAGUCCUGUGCGGAGGCAGCAGCUCCUUGGAAGACAGCAGACAAGAGUAGGCCUUCAGAGAGCCAUUGCAGCUGCCAAAGUAUUGUGCUUGAGACCUGCUCCUAUUCAUGCUAUGCUUUCAUUGACCUUGUGUUUGGCACUGUUCUCCAUUUACUUCCUAGCAGAGAAUGUCUUGAAAUCCAAUAGGCCAGAAAAGCCCUCUGUACCCUAAAAAGAUCAGUAGCCUCCAGUUCCCCACUGUAAAAUUUAGUUACACAGGGCUGAAGAGACAGAGCCAGGAACGGGCAGGAAAGACAGCAGGAAAAUGCAGCACUGAGGAGUCUGGCAAUAUAGAAAACAGGCAUGACUGACUCCCAAGAUCACAUGAACUGAGUCUGGAGAAAGAGAGCACAGCUCUGAUAUUGAGUGACUCAAGAUCCUGCCAGCUGCCUUCAGCCACAGCUGUUGGGGUUACUUAGAUAACAGGCCCCUUUCUUCUAUCACUAAGCUAGAGAGUUAAACAGCAAAUAAAAAAACUGCCAAAUUACAAGUGCUGAAUUUAAAAAUGAAAUCACUUGUCUUUGAACUUUCAAGGUAUUUGAAAAAACAGCUGGUGUGCAACUUGUCUGAUGUGACUGAAGGUACUAGCAACAGAGAAGCCUUUAAGUCUUGUGUGAUGAUUUAAUAGCAGUAGUAAAUGCUUAAGAAAAUAAGGGGGGGUUGAACUUUACAGACAGUUAAGAAAACGUAUUAGGACUGAGAAAGUAGUGAAUUAUCUUGGCCUUACAAGGUACUUGGAGCCUCAGUUUCACCUUACAUACAUUAAAUGCUGUAAAACUCAUUAGCUUAGUUUGCCUCUCAUGUUCUUCACCUUUUAUGUUACCAAAGCUAUUCAGAACUGUAACUGCACUGACAAUGCUGUACUGAAUUCAGUAAUGCAGUUUAUCAGACAUACCUGCAUAGUGCUUUGUUGCAUGUUGUUUCAACAGCAGUGCUUUUGUCAGUAUGCACUCUGAUCUUUUAACAGGGCUGUGCUUUGGGGCUCCUGCUUUCCUUAGGAUUUCUGUUAUAAACCGUAAACUAGUGCUGAAUUACAGAAAGGACUCCAAAGAGAAAAUAAAUAUGAAGAGAGACAACUCACUGGAACAGACUUGUGGAGGUAGAAAGGGUAAGAUAGAAGUUCUAGGUCAUAGCCAAUAACCUAAAAAAACACACACACAAAAAAACCCUCAAAUGUCUUGUUCUUUAAUAUAUUGCUAAUAUAAGGAAUCCCACGCAGUUCUUUAUGAGGUUGGAGUGUGUAUGUGCAAGGAUGCAGAGCUUAUGAAGCACUUAUUUCAACCCUGAUCUAUAGAUUUUUCUUAUACAUACAAGUGCAGGACAUUCACUGGCAAAGGGGAUGUAAUGCCCCCCCCGUCCCC